GAUGAAGUUGUUUCAAAGAUGGCGGAUUUCCUGCCGUCCCGCUCCCUUUUAUCUGUAUGUUUCCCCAACUGUCUCCUCACGAGUGGCGAGGUAGAGCAGCUGAGGAAGUCUAAGGAGAUAGAUAAGUGUAUUCAUCGAGAUAAGACUUAUGUGAAACGGCUGGUGAAGAUCCUACUACUCGGAGCAGGCGAGAGCGGCAAGUCCACUUUCCUCAAGCAGAUGCGCAUUAUCCAUGGGAAGGACUUCGAUCAGAAGGCCAAGGAGGAGUUCAGAGCCACGAUUUAUAGUAAUGUUAUUAAAGGUAUCCGAGUGUUGGUGGAUGCUAGAGAGAAGCUACACAUCCCAUGGGGCAACCCAUCUAACCGGAGGCACGGUGACACCAUGAUGGCCUUUGACACCCGGUCAGCGAUGUCUCACGGCCAUGGCAUGGUGGAGGCCAAAAUUUUUCAGCACUACUUGCCAUCCAUCUCUGCCCUGUGGGCUGACCAGGGCAUCCAGAAUGCAUAUGACCGCCGCAGGGAGUUCCAGCUGGGGGAAUCCGUCAAGUAUUUCCUGGACAAUUUGGAAAAGCUCGCACAGUCGGACUACCUCCCUAGCCAGCAGGACAUCCUCCUGGCCAGAAAACCCACCAAGGGCAUCCACGAGUACGACUUUGAGAUCAAAAACGUGCCCUUCAAGAUGGUGGACGUGGGUGGUCAACGCUCGGAGAGGCGUCGCUGGUUUGAAUGCUUUGACUCGGUCACUUCCAUCCUCUUCCUUGUCUCCUCCUCAGAAUAUGAUCAGGUGCUGAUGGAGGACCGACAGACCAACCGGCUGAGCGAGUCCCUCAACAUUUUUGAGACCAUCGUCAACAACAGGGUUUUCAGCAAUGUCUCCAUCAUCCUGUUCCUGAACAAGACAGACCUCCUGGAGGAGAAGGUGAAGCAGGUGUCCAUCAAAGACUACUUCCACGAGUUCUCGGGCGUCCCCACAAGCCUGGCAGACGUCCAGCGCUUCCUGGUGGACUGCUUUCGCAAAAAACGCCGCGAGCAGCUUCAGAAGCCGCUCUACCACCACUUCACCACGGCCAUCAACACUGAGAAUAUCCGUCUGGUGUUCCGUGACGUCAAGGACACCAUCCUUCACGACAACCUCAAGCAGCUGAUGCUGCAGUGAGGGGACU